GCGUCUCCCGUUCAGGAUCAGCCUGCCACUGCCCCGCCCCUUGCUUCGUCCUCUCUGUGAUAUACCCUUUCAAAGCCAUGGCUCGCGACAGACUCGCUGCUCUAAGGGUUCGUAUCACGCGAGCUGCAAUAACGCGCGGGCUGCGCCGAGCACCCGCAUUCAGUGGCUGACGAUCGCAUUCACAGGCUCAGCGGCAGCAGCAACAGGAGGGCCAAGAUGGCCAACCACCGCAGUACCAUGAGAUGGCUGGUCUGCAGUCACCGGCAUCCAUAGGCCCUGCGACGAAUGGAAAUGGAGCGGUGGACGGCGGCGACCCUAUGGCUCGGUUCUACGAGGAGGUGUCCUCGAUCCAAGACGGUCUGGCCGAGUUCAGCUCAAACGUGCAACAAAUUGGCGAGUUGCAUUCCCGCACAAUCAAUAGCACGGACGAGAGCGCGAACCAGAGGACAUCUGCUUUGCUCGAUGAUCUUGUAACGAGAACACGAACACUCAGUAACAACCUGAAAGAGCGGAUACAAGCUCUCUCGAAGACGCCCACUCCCCGGCCGCAAGACGCGCGGAUCAGAAACAACCAGACUGGUGUUCUCCGCACAAAGUUUGUGGAGAUUCUCCAGAACUAUCAACAAGUGGAACGGGAUUAUAGGCAGCGGUACAAGCAACGCGUAGAGCGUCAGUUCCGGAUCGUCAAACCCGACGCGACACCGGAAGAAGUCGAUGAAGUUGUAAACAAUGCCCAUGGCGGCGGCGACCAGGUCUUCGCGCAAGCGUUGACAACUUCUACUCGGUAUGGCGAGUCAAGGGCAGCAUACCGGGAAGUACAGGAUAGGCACCAAGAUAUCCAGAGAAUUGAGCGCACCCUGGAGGAGUUGGCACAGAUGUUCAACGACAUGAGCGUGCUCGUCAACCAACAGGAAGAGUCGAUCGAUGCUAUCAACAACACAGCUCAAGAAGUCGAGCACAACACUGAGCAAGGAUUGAAGCAGACCGAGAAAGCCGUUGUGCAUGCCCGUCGCGCACGGCGCAUGCGCUGGAUCUGUUUCAUCAUUAUCCUCAUCAUCCUCGCCGUUGUCGGCAUCGUUGUCGGUGUUGUGGUCAGUAACAACGUCAAGAGCAACAACAACAAGAGCUAAGAAUCUUCCGAGCUUUCCGCUCAUUACUGGGAUGAAUCUGUGAUGAUGAAUGGACAUGGACCAAGUAUGCGAGUGUUGGAUGGAUCUUUCAUGACAUUUACCUUGCAGUAUCAUACUCUCCUUGCUUAAUCUACAUACCACCUAUCUUCGUUGCCAGCGCGCUUUGAAUAAUCGUAUUUUCGCUUUCAGCCACGAUGACGCUGCCAUAUACCGGAGUCCAGUGGCUGGCGGUCGAUAAGUUAAUCUGAA